AUGUGGUUCGGAGACGAAGACCCGUUUAAACCCGGCGCGGGACGUUUCGGCGGGCGUUUUCCCCGCACAGACUUUCAAAUUUACCUGCCAGCGCCGUUUUCUGGAGAUCAUGGACAGAGUUUCCAGUGCUGGGCCAGACAGCUGGAAGUGGCUGUCGGCGCGUCGGCGGGCGCCGGCGGGACCUGCAGAGACAAACUCGCGCGGAUUUUGCCCACGCGCCUUGGUGGAGCUGCGUUCCUGCUGUGGGACAGCCUCCCGGACUUUGUGAAGUCGGACUACGAAGCCACGAAGGAGAAGCUGGGAGCAGCUUUCGGACAGCGGCAGGGGCUGGAGCGCUUCAGGACCAGCCUGUCGGCGCGGACCCGAGCGGCGGGGGAGAGCCUGCAGGUGUUCGCCGCGGAUGUGAGUCGGCUCGUGAUGGCGGCGUUCCCGCAGUACGGAGAUGUGGCGCAGCGAAAGGAAAAGUUCCGGCGUUUUCUGGCGGGUCUGGAUCCUGCUCUUAAAGCAAAGUGUUUGGAGCAGGGCGCCACUGAUUUGGAGGAAGCCUUAAUAAUAGCAGAGAGGUGUGAAAACGCCAGAGAGGCUCUGCAGAAGGACUGUGUGGCUCCCUGUGGCCGCGCUUCCUGCGCUGGGGGUGAGCUUCCCGUACAGUCGGUGUCUACUGCAGAGGGGCUCCAUAAGGCUAUAGACAAGCUGACUGAGGACAUGUUUCAAAAGAGAAUGGAAAUGAAAGAACUCUCAGCGGAGAACAGAAGACUGAGGGAUGUGCCGAGGUCACUCUCUCCAUCUGUGUCUCGCUGUGCCUGCGAGGAGAGGGGCUGCCAGGCCAGGUCAGUCUCUGAGAGACAUCGUGGUCGCUCUCCGGACCGAGAGCCCUACCACCCACAGUGGGAGUACAAGGCUCCCAGACGCCAGCGGUAUUCAUCACCUUCUGAUUCAACAUGGUGGAGAGCUCGGAGCCCCAGCCCAGGAUGGGGACCCUCCCAGGAUUCAGCUCCCAGAAAACGAGGUGUGCGUUUUCUGCCUCCGCGACACCGUGACGACAGCGAACAUCGCGAGGAUGUUUCUAAGGCAUCAUGGAGGCCCUCUUCAGCCAAGAGAGGGGGGACUCCCUGAAAGGGACUGUUUGAACGCCGGACAGGAGGACAGUUCGUUUGUUGUCCCUGGGUACUCCCGCAGCGGACGGCAGGUGAAACCCCCCUCACGGUUUCAUGAUUUUGUUCUGGUGUGAUGUGUUAUUGCUCAUGUGUUUGUUUCUUUCUGCACUUAGAGAAAAAAAGUGAUGUUUGAUUCAGGGAGAUGAGCAGAGAGAAUCGAGGGAAUGAAAAUCAUUGUUUUUUUGUUUGUUUUUUUUGGUGACAUGUUUGUUUUAUUUAGAAACGGGACGUUUCUUUUGGAGGAUGGGACGUGUGUAACAGACUAUAAAGUGUUCUGGGUUUGAUAUGUGUUGCAUAUUUACCAUUGCCUUUACGGUAGUUAAACUGUUGGGAAACUGUGCUGCACAGGGCGUGUCUUUCAUUAAUAAAGAGAUCUUCCAAGUGAACAGACGUCUGUCUCCGAGCUCCAUUAUUUCCACUCUCUUCGACUACACCACCCUACAACGAACCCACGGGAGGCCGGCUACAGUAAUAAAUGUAACAAUAAGUAUCAUAUUAACACAUUAAUAAUGCUUGUAAAUGUGUUAAAUUAGUAAUUUAA